AUGUCCUACGACGAUAUUGAAAAUGCCACACCAGAUAUUGUGAUUGGUGGACAAGAAGAACCAGAAUACGAUGUUCAAUAUGAACAUGACGUAGAAUCAGAAGAUGAAUUGGAAGAGGAAAAUAAUACCCAAGCUGCUUCCUCAGAGGGUGGCGUCAAGGAAAAGAAAUCCGUCGCUUUUGCCUUAGAAGAGGACGAAGAAUUCGAUGAAGAAGCAGCCAAGAGAGAAUUUGAAGAAGGUGGUGGUUUACCAGAACAAUCAGAUAGCCCAGACUUCGCUUCAUUGACUCCCCUCUCAGCAGAGAUUAUUAAUAGACAAGCUACUAUUAACAUUGGUACUAUUGGUCAUGUUGCGCACGGUAAAUCCACCGUUGUCAGAGCCAUUUCCGGUGUGCAAACUGUUCGUUUCAAGGAUGAAUUGGAAAGAAAUAUUACUAUCAAAUUGGGUUAUGCCAAUGCUAAGAUUUACAAGUGUGAUGAUGAAUCAUGUCCAGAGCCAGAUUGUUACAAAUCAUUUAAAUCCGAUAAGGAAAUUAGGCCUAAGUGUCAAAGACCAGGCUGUAACGGUAGAUAUUCCCUCGUAAGACAUGUGUCCUUUGUGGAUUGUCCAGGUCACGAUAUCUUGAUGAGUACUAUGUUGUCUGGUGCCGCCGUUAUGGACGCCGCCUUGUUGUUAGUUGCAGGUAAUGAAUCAUGUCCUCAACCCCAAACCUCUGAACAUCUUGCGGCUAUUGAAAUUAUGAAGUUGAAGCAUGUGAUUAUCUUACAAAAUAAGGUUGAUUUAAUGAGAGAAGAGCUGGCUUUGGAACAUGAAAAGUCUAUUUCUAAGUUUAUCAGAGGUACCAUAGCAGAUGGUGCACCAAUUGUUCCAAUCUCUGCACAAUUGAAAUAUAAUAUUGAUGCUGUUAAUGAAUUUAUCGUGAAAACCAUCCCAGUACCAUUAAGAGAUUUUAUGGCUACUCCAAGACUUAUUGUUAUCAGAUCUUUCGAUGUUAAUAAACCAGGUGCUGAAAUCGAUGAAUUGAAGGGUGGUGUUGCCGGUGGUUCCAUUUUGAACGGUGUGUUCAAGAUUGGAGAUGAAAUUGAAAUCAGACCAGGUAUUGUCACCAAGGAUGACAAUGGUAAGAUUCAAUGUAAGCCUAUUUUCUCUAACGUUGUUUCAUUAUUUGCAGAACACAACGAUUUGAAAUUCGCCGUUCCAGGUGGGUUAAUCGGUGUAGGUACUAAAGUUGAUCCAACCUUGUGUAGAGCUGAUAGAUUAGUUGGUCAAGUUGUUGGUGCAAAGGGUAAUUUACCAUCAAUUUUAACUGACAUUGAAAUCAAUUACUUCCUUUUGAGAAGAUUGUUAGGUGUUAAGACUGAUGGACAGAAGCAAGGUGCUAAGGUCCGUAACUUGGUUGUUGGUGAAGUUUUGAUGGUGAAUAUCGGAUCCACCGCAACUGGUGCUAGAGUUAUUGCUGUGAAGGCUGAUAUGGCUCGUUUACAGUUGACUUCUCCAGUUUGUACUGAAGUAAAUGAAAAGAUUGCAUUAUCUAGACGUAUAGAAAAGCAUUGGCGUUUGAUUGGUUGGGCCACUAUUAAGAAGGGUACCACUUUAGAACCUAUUGCAUAG